AAAAAAUAAAUUUUUGAUAACGCACUUACUUGGUAAAAAAAAUCCAAAUCAAAUUGAAAUGGCUGAAACCGAUGACGAAGCGCAGCGUCGACGUGAAGAAUGUGAACGUAAAGCUCGCCGAGGUGAAAUGGAUCCUCGUUUGGAAUUCACAUUUCAACUGUUGAUUGAUGGGACUGCUUUACCCAGACAUCAAUUGAUGGACUACAUUUUUGAAGGAGACAUGUUGGAUGAAAUAAAUCAACUCUUCCUUCCCAAUAUGAGAAAUAAACUUUUGUGGUUCUAUCAAGAGGUAGACGAACCAGAACCUCAACCUGUUCAAGAUGCAAAUAAACCAGGUCCAUCAAGAGCUGGCGGGGUUUCAACAAGUUCGAAGACUCCUCAAGGUGUUUCACCAUCGGGGAGUAAUCCGAAACCAAAGAAAUUAUUUCUCACCGAUGGCUGGACGUGUGCCUUUACAGGUGUUUGCAUCUACAUUUUUCGGAUUAACACUUCAAAACAAUUGCCCGAAGAAGGAUUUCAAAAGGAUUUAUAUUGUGGAGUCAUUGACGCUAAAAACAUUGGUUUAGUAACAUCUAUCGAACGCAUAGUAGAAUAUGUAUUCAUGCAGGCCUUGGCCUUUCCCAGUCUUGAGGGUGAUGAUGAAGAUAUCAGUUGUGGCUUGAUUAAGGGACAACUUUUACCCGGCUUAAGAUCAUUUUGUAGUGCCCUUCGAGUUUGCGAACAAGUUUGUGAUCAUUACAAUGUUUUUGCCGAUGGUGCUGGAAUGUUUGAGAAAAUCGAUGAAAUUGAAGAAGUCAAAGAAAUGGCUAAGAAUCAAGAAUUUUGCUUGCAAUUAGAAGAAAGAGUUGCUAAUUGGAUAAAAGCAAUCAUGAAGAUAUUGGGUGAGAGUGAACAACUGAGAAAAGAGAACGAUCAUAGUGGACCGCAGGACGAGUUGGAAUAUUGGAAGAAGCGAGGAGCACAAUUUUCACAGUUAUUAGCACAUUUACAGGAAAAAGAAGUUCAAUUCACUUUACACUGUUUGUUCCUUGCUGGGUCGAGAAUAAUGCGUCAUUGGAAGAUCACUGAUCGUAAAAUUACAUUUUGCUAUAACGAAGCAAGAGAUAAUUCGAAAUUCAUUCAAGCCAUGGAAUCCUGUUGUCAUUCAUUGUAUUUGGAUGAUCCGGUCUGCAUGAAAGAAUCAAUAUUGAGUUUACUUCAAACAGUCCGUUUAAUUUAUAGUGUUUCACAGUUUUACAACACAUCCGAAAGGACAUCUGCUUUAAUGGUUAAGAUAACCAAUCAAAUGAUAGAAACCUGCAAAUCCUACAUCACUUGCCGUAGCAAGGAAACCAUUUGGUCUCAAGAUCGCAAUCUUAUUCGCACAAAACUUAGCAAUUGCAUUAAAUUAAAUCACAUUUAUCACGAAACUUAUUACACCGUUCGUGAGCAACCAUUUUUGCCCGACCAAACACCAUUUGGAUUUUCUGAAAAUUUUGUUUUUGGCAAAUUUGAUACAUUUUGUGAUCGAUUAUCGAAAAUCAUAUCGAUGUUUAAUCUUAUCGAUGAUUAUAAUCAUUUAUUCGAACGAAGACUUGAAGGUUUAUUACUUGGUGAAGCCUUGGAAGAAGCUUCAACUGCAUUCGAAGAAGCUAAAAAAGAAAUUCUAUCGAAAAAAUACGAUUAUCUUGAUCAUCGUAAUUCCGAUUUUAAUGAUGAUUUCGAUAGAUUUAUUGGAAAAACUGAUACUCUGAAGGAUACAAUUGCAAGUUUGAUUGAAACAAAUUUCGAUACAGUUUGGGAGACACCACAGUGUAUAAGGUUUUUGGUGAGAUUUGAAAAAGUCAGUGAGAAAAUACCGUUAUCGAAAAUGGAUGAUAAAUAUCAGAGGAUAUUGAAAUAUUGCGAUAAAGAAAUCGAUAGGAUUUUGAAAUUAUUUCGAAAACAACGAGAUGAUCCACCGGUUCCAAGGAAUUUCCCACCGAUUGCCGGUCGAGUGAGAUGGUGUCGGGCAUUGGACUGUCAUUUGAAUGAACUUAUGAUGGAAAUUGCUGAUCAUGCUGUUCUGCAAACACUUCCAUUGACCAAAGAUCUGGAGAAUAAGUAUAAAUCGGUUCAGGGAAUAUUGAUUGAGUAUGAGAAUGAUAUUAUUUCAAUCUGGCUGGAUCAAGAUGUUAGUGUAGCAGAUGCCUGUUUAAUUCAACCAGUUCUCUGUUUACAAGGAGAACGCUUAUUUGUCAAUUUACAUCCUACAAUUCCGUUACUUAUUCGGGAAGCUAAGGCACUGGCUAAACUUGAUGUUGAACUACCAAUAGUUGCAGCAACCUUAAUGUGCCGCCAGAAUUAUUUCACCACAAUUCAGGAUUCCCUUAACAGUCUCAUUAAAAUGUUCCUUGCCACAGUGAAAGCAGUUAAACUAGAAGUUCGUCCAUUGUUUCUGCCCCAAUUGGUGCGCCUUACGGCAAUGCUGCAGCCCGGAUUGAGCACAAUAAAUUGGACACAUCACAAUUGGACUGAAUUCUAUGAACGUUGCAAGCAAGCAAUUGAAACAUUUGAAGUUUUGGUUGCUCGAGUUCAUGAUAUCUAUUCGAAUAGGAUAUUAAAUGUUUUAAUGUCAAUGCAGGAUGUAUCCUUACAGAUAUUGCCUUGUGAUGAUGAGAUUUGGACAGUUGAUGAGUUUCUGGAGAAGAGCGAAGAAGCAUGCAGAAAAGCUGCAAUCGAAUUAAAUCGCAAAAGUCAAAUGGUUUCGGAAGCUGUAGAAGAAGUCCUCAGUUUAGUGGACAAAGCUACAGCGACAUUCAAAGAAAUCGCCGGUAAUGAUGUGGUAACAUUAUUCGAUGCUACUCCAAAAGAUCAACAAUCAUCGGCAAAGUCCAGCGGUGAAAAAGAUGGUAACCAACAACAAGACUGGAGUAUUUUGUGGUCUUGCUUCGAAAAUCCACUUUCACUACUCUCGACCAGUGAGAGUUUACCCAAAGGGAUGCAGGAUAUGGUUUGCAAUGCGGUUGUGGAAAUGCGUCGUUAUUAUAGCAGAAAAGUUAUUGAUGUCCUCAUUAAGGUUAUUCGAGCUGCUUUAGACAUGAUACGCAGACGUUUCAUCCCCGAGGACGAUACAACGACUAGCAACAGCAAUGAAACAGCAACUGUCUCAAAGAAACCAAUAUUAGCUUUAAAUGCUAUUCUCAUGAUACCCCAUGUCACCAUCAAGCCCAGUAUCGAUGAGCUUCAGGAGAUGGUAAUUACGGUUGGUAAAAAUAUAACCGGAAUAUCCAAAGGUGUUGCACAAUGGACCAGUGGUAGGGACAGUCAAUUGGCAACAAACGCAAAUAGUGUCAAUCCAAGAGUAAGUCGACAUCAACCGGAUGAUAAAAAAGGUAGGCGUCGAAAGAUGUAUUGUUUGGCAUCGGAGGAACGUCCACAAAUGCCGCAUAUGUUGAAAAGUUUCUACAGUUCGAUUAUGGACAAUAAAGAAGUGGUGAGAGCUUUGUCGCUCCUCUCGAGUUGUACGAAAAAUGUCAAGCCCGAAAUUCAAGCUUAUAUCAAACGUUGGAAACCAUAUCAUUUUCUGUGGAAGAAUGACAGGACAACGCGACAGUUGAUGGAGUUUGGAUUGCAAGAGUUUGAGACUUCGUUGCGUUGUUUGGCCGAACUGGAUGCUAAUCUACUGGUUGAACCUGAUAUUGAGGUUUUUGGGCAGUGUAUAGCGGUCUAUAAUGAGAAAUUAAAAUACGGCCUCGCUAUCGAAAUUAAAUCUUGCAAUCACAAAAUCGGUCAAGCCAUGAAAAAGAAGUACAAAAAAGAAAUGGACUAUGUUUAUGCGGUGAUCAAUGAAAUGGAUCGUAAGCUUGAUCGAUCAAUCCGGGACUUGGACGAUGUUCGUAUGAUUAUGGAGACUUUGGGUAAAAUUCGUGAACAAGAAGUUGACAUGGAGAUGAGAAUUGAUCCCAUCGAGGAAGCUUUCAACGUUCUUACACGUUACGAAGUUCAAGUUGAACGUGAACAAUUUGAUUUGGUUGAUAAUCUUCGAUCAACCUUCCAGAAUCUACAAGCUUGUGCAUUACAAGCACAAGUUAAGCUACUCGAUAUGCAACCAACAUUCCAAGGUGAUUUGAAGACGAAUCUUCAAAAUUUCCGUCAAGAUAAAAUCGAUUAUGUAAAUGAAUAUCGAAAUGCUGGACCUAUGCAACCAGGUCUGACACCUCGUGAAGCUUCAGAUCGAUUGAUAUUGUUCCAAAAUCGAUUCGAGGGUAUGUGGAGAAGACUCCAAACUUAUCAGAGUGGAGAAGAACUAUUCGGCUUACCACAGACAGAUUAUCCUGAGUUGGGUCAAAUAAGAAAAGAGCUAAAUCUUUUACAAAAGCUCUACAAACUUUAUAAUGAUGUCAUAGAUAGAGUAAGUAGCUAUUAUGAUAUCCCUUGGAAUGAGGUUGACAUUGAAGAGAUCAAUAAUGAGCUGAUGGAGUUUCAAAAUCGUUGCCGGAAACUUCCAAAAGGUCUUAAAGAAUGGCCAGCUUUUCAUGCCCUCAAAAAAACUAUCGAUGAUUUUAAUGACAUGUGUCCGUUGUUGGAGUUGAUGGCUAACAAAGCUAUGAAGCCACGUCAUUGGCAACGAAUUAUGGACGUGACUCAGUACAUUUUCGAAUUUGACAGCGAAGGUUUUUCUCUGAAGAACAUUUUGGAAGCUCCUUUGUUAAAACACAAAGAAGAUAUCGAAGAUAUUUGUAUCUCUGCUAUGAAAGAGAAAGAUAUCGAAGCUAAAUUGAAGCAGGUUACCAACGAGUGGUCUGUACAUGAGCUACAGUUCAUGAGUUUCAACAAUCGUGGAGAGCUUCUUCUUCGUGGUGACACCACAGCUGAAACUAUUGGUCAGCUUGAAGACAGUCUCAUGGUUCUUGGUUCUCUUCUAUCUAAUCGAUAUAAUGCUCCAUUCCGUAAACAGAUCCAACAAUGGGUCUAUGAUUUGUCAAAUUCCAAUGAGAUCCUGGAACGAUGGCUGCUGGUUCAGAAUAUGUGGGUUUAUUUGGAGGCAGUGUUUGUUGGUGGAGACAUUGCCAAGCAACUUCCAAAAGAAGCUAAACGGUUUUCAAAGAUCGACAAGUCUUGGCAGAAGAUUAUGCAGAGGGCCCAUGAAACUCCCGGAGUUGUUGCCUGCUGUGUGGGAGAUGAUCUUCUCAAACAACUCCUCCCGCAUCUCCAGGAACAACUUGAGAUCUGUCAAAAGUCCCUAAGUGGUUAUUUGGAACGCAAGCGAAUGAUGUUCCCACGAUUUUUCUUCGUCUCUGAUCCAGCUCUAUUGGAGAUCCUUGGACAAGCUUCAGACUCUCACACAAUACAAAAUCAUCUUUUAUCGAUAUUCGAUAACACACGUCAUGUUCGGUUCCAUGAUAUCGAAUAUAAUAAAAUGAUGGCCAUCAUGUCGUGUGAAGGUGAAUCAAUACAAUUAGAUCGAGCUAUUCGAGCAGAAGGCUCUGUCGAGACAUGGCUAACUCAAUUACUGGUUACCGCACAGCAAUCCUUGCACUCGAUUAUCAGGACUGCCUAUGCGACCAUAAACGAUCCCAAUUUCGCUUUGGUAGCAUUUUUGGAGAAAGUACCAGCCCAAGUUGGUCUAUUAGGGAUUCAGAUGAUUUGGACGCGAGAUGCUGAGAUGGCAUUAAUGCAGGCCAGGCAUGAGAGGAAGGUCAUGUCGGAAACAAAUAAUAAAUUUUUAGAAUUGUUAAAUACUUUGAUCGAUCAGACAACAAGGAAUUUAACGAAAAUUGAGAGAACAAAUUUUGAAACAUUGAUUACGAUUCAUGUACAUCAGAGGGAUAUUUUUGAUAUUUUGUGUCGAAUGAAUAUAAAAUCUGCAAAUGAUUUUGAAUGGCUGAAGCAGUGUAGAUUCUAUUUUAAGGAGGAUUUGGACAAGACGUGGAUAUCGAUUACAGAUGUUACAUUUACCUAUCAAAAUGAGUAUUUGGGAUGUACAGAUAGGUUGGUUAUUACACCGUUAACGGACAGAUGUUAUAUUACUCUAGCACAGGCAUUAACUCUUAGCAUGGGUGGCAGUCCGUGUGGCCCAGCAGGAACUGGCAAAACAGAAACUGUCAAGGAUAUGGGCAAGACGCUAGCUAAAUAUGUGGUCGUAUUUAAUUGCUCCGAUCAAAUGGAUUACAGGGGAUUGGGACGAAUCUACAAGGGACUAUCGCAAUCCGGAACUUGGGGUUGUUUUGAUGAAUUUAAUCGUAUUGAGUUACCUGUCCUGUCUGUGGCAGCACAACAAGUUGCUGUUGUUCUAACAGCCAAGAAGGAAAAGAAGAAAUCAUUUGUAUUCACAGAUGGCGACACAAUUGAAAUGAAUCAGGAGUUUGGAAUUUUUAUUACUAUGAAUCCUGGCUACGCUGGUCGUAAAGAACUACCAGAAAAUUUAAAAAUUCAAUUCCGUACCGUUGCGAUGAUGGUACCCGACCGGCAAAUCAUCAUACGUGUCAAACUAGCAUCGUGUGGUUUUUUGGAAAACAUAACUUUGGCAAGAAAAUUCUACACUCUAUACAAGUUAUGUGAGGAACAACUCACCAAACAAGUGCAUUAUGACUUUGGUUUGAGAAAUAUCCUUUCUGUAUUAAGGACAUUGGGUGCUUCGAAACGUAGCAAUUCAAAAGAUAGUGAGAGUACGAUUGUUAUGCGGGUAUUGAGGGAUAUGAAUCUAUCCAAAUUGAUUGACGAAGAUGAGCCUUUAUUUAUGUCUCUAGUAUCGGAUUUGUUCCCCAAUCAGACUUUGGAAAAGACAAAUUACCCAGAGUUGGAAACAGCAAUAGCUCAGCAAGCUGAUGAAGCAGGUCUGGUCUAUCAUCCACCGUGGGUGUUGAAAUUGAUUCAAUUGUAUGAAACACAAAAGGUUCGUCAUGGUAUCAUGGCUUUGGGGCCAAGUGGUGCCGGUAAGACCACCUGUAUUCACACAUUGAUGAAGGCCAUGACCCAAAUGGGGACAGUUCAUCGAGAGAUGAGAAUGAAUCCGAAAGCUAUAACUUCAGCUCAGAUGUUUGGUAGAUUAGAUGUCGCGACUAAUGAUUGGACUGAUGGGAUAUUUUCAGCUUUAUGGAGGAAGACUUUGAAGAGUAAAGGUGGGGAGAAUAUUUGGUUGGUGCUAGAUGGUCCAGUAGAUAGUAUUUGGAUUGAGAAUUUAAACUCGGUGCUGGAUGAUAAUAAAACUUUGACACUUGCCAAUGGAGAUCGUUUGGUAAUGGCGCCGACUUGUAAGAUCAUAUUUGAGCCUCAUAACAUCGAUAAUGCAUCACCAGCUACGGUCUCGAGAAAUGGAAUGGUCUAUAUGAGUUCUUCCGGGCUCGAUUGGAGACCAAUUGUACAAGCUUGGCUCAAGUCCCGUUCACCGGGGGAAAAGACUGUCUUUAGUGACCUCUUUGAGCAGUCUUUCUUGUCAAUAUUCAAUUGGGGUACACAGAACUUGAAACUACUGAUGUCGGUAUUGCAGUGCAAUAUUGCUCAACAAAUGCUAUUUAUCUUGGAAGGCUUGGUACCGGUUAAGAAAGACGAUGAAGGUGCUGUCAGCAUGUCCAGCAAGGACAGCCAAGAAGAUGAAAUCCUUGAAGAAGUAAAAUCUGAUGAAAAAGAAGACACCUGCACACCGGAACAUCUUCAUCGGCUAUAUAUAUUCUCCAUUGCCUGGGGUCUUGGAGCAUACCUUAACUCUGUUGACCGAUGCAAGUUGGACGUCUAUGUGAAAGAGACUUUUCCACAUUUCGAUUAUCCAAAGAUGAAAGGACAAGACAGUACGAUAUUUGAUUUUUUCGUUUCACCUACCGGAGUGUGGCAAUCAUGGAAGACACUAGUCACUCCCUAUAUGUAUCCGGAGGUAUCGACACCCGAGUACUUGAGUAUCUUGGUGCCGAUAGUUGAUAACGUCCGGAUUGACUAUCUUAUCGGAACUAUUGCAAACCAGGAGAGAGCUGUAAUGUUGAUUGGUGAACAGGGUACUGGCAAGACAGUUAUGAUGAAGAAUUUUAUGAAAAAAAUGAAUCCUGAAUCGUAUAUGGGUAGGUCAUUUAAUUUCUCAUCGGCUACUAGCCCCUAUCAGUUUCAGAGGACUAUUGAAAGUUAUGUGGAGAAGAGGGUUGGAGUGACAUUUGGUCCACCGGGAGGAAGGAAAUUGAUUGUGUUUAUUGAUGAUAUCAAUUUACCAGAGAUCAAUGAAUGGGGUGACCAGAUUACGAAUGAGAUUGUCCGUCAAACCAUGGAUAUGAAAGGUUUUUACAGUCUUGAGAAGCCCGGGGAUUUUACGACUGUUGUUGAUGUGCAGUAUGUUGGAGCUAUGGGACUUCCCGGUGGAGGAAGGAAUGAUAUACCUUCGAGGUUGAAGAGGCAAUUUAGCGUCUUCAACUGCAAUAUCCCCGAUAACGAUUCGAUUGAUAAGAUCUUCCGAGUUGUUGGGGAAGGUCACUACAAUAACAAACGAGGCUUUGCUCCAGAGGUUAGGAACCUUGUUAAAAAGUUGAUAUUUAUCACCCGGUAUAUCUGGCAGAGAACCAGGGAGAAGCUUCUUCCAACUCCCGCCAAGUUCCAUUAUGUUUUCAGUUUGAGAGACCUGUCUAGAAUAUGGCAGGGUAUGGUGGGAACCCUAUCUACAGUUAUUACUUCGGAAAGUGUUUUAAUGUCCCUCUGGAAACAUGAAUGCACUCGAGUCUUUGCUGAUCGAUUUACCACAGUUCAAGAUAAAGAAUGGUUUGGUAGUGAGCUGGCAUGUUUGGUACGUGACGAGCUUGGUGAGGCUCAUGCGGAAAUGAUCAUCCCAAGUCCGGUAUUUGUGGACUUCAUGCGAGAUGCUCCAGAACCAACUGGCGAAGAGGGAGAAGAUGCUGAUAUGGAGUUACCGAAGGUCUACGAGCCUGUUAGUUCACACGAUGUUCUCCGGGAGAGAUUAUUUAUGUUCUUGGCACAGUUCAAUGAAAUGGUUCGAGGUUCCGGAAUGGAUUUGGUCUUUUUUCCAGAUGCUAUGCUUCAUUUGGUUAAGAUCUCCCGGAUCAUUAGACAUCCCAGAGGGAAUGUCAUGUUGGUUGGAGUUGGUGGAUCUGGUAAACAAUCACUCACGAAACUGGCUUCAUUCAUCGCUGGGUACAAGACUUUCCAGAUUAGUUUGACAAGGUCUUACAAUGUCGCCAAUUUCUUAGAGGAUCUUAAGCUGCUUUAUAGAACAUGUGGAGUUCAGGGUAAGGGUACCACAUUCCUCUUUUCCGAUUUGGACAUCAAGGAAGAAGGUUUCUUAGAGUAUUUGAAUAAUAUCCUCUCAUCGGGUGUCAUAUCAAAUUUGUUCACCCGCGACGAACAAGCCGAAAUCGUUCAGGAACUUACCCCCGUUAUGAAACGUGAGAACCAACGAAAGACUGCAACUCCAGAAAGUGUCAUGGAGUUCUUCUUAGCUCGAGUUUGUACCAAUCUCCAUGUAGUUUUCUGUUUCUCACCCGUGGGGGAGACUUUCCGGGCUCGAGUUCAACGGUUUCCAGCAUUGGUCUCUGGAUGUACCAUAGAUUGGUUCCAGCCGUGGCCCAAGGAUGCCUUAGUUUCGGUAGCUCAACAUUUCUUAAGUGAUUUCGAAAUUGAAUGCACACCAGAAGUGAAAAAAGAGCUAGUUACAGCUUUGGGAUCAAUACAAGAUGUCGUCUCGGAAACUUCGGUAGAGUAUUUCCAAAGAUUCCGAAGGGCUACCCAUGUGACUCCAAAGUCUUAUCUCAAUUUUAUUGCUGGCUAUAAGAAUAUCUAUCAACAGAAACAGAAAGAAUUGGGAGAUGGUGUUGAAAAAAUGGACACAGGUUUGGAAAAGCUUAAAGAAGCUUCAGCUUCGGUAGAGAUUCUGAAGAAAGACCUGGCUGUCAUGGAACAAGAGCUUGUAGAAGCUUCGAAAAAAGCUGAAUCGGUGCUGGUUGAAGUCACUGAGCGGGCAAUGCAGGCUGAGAUUGUGAAAAACCAGGUUAUGAUUGUGAAAGAGAAAGCUGAAGCUUUGGUAGCCUGUAUAGCAAAUGAGAAGGCUUUAGCUGAAGAAAAGCUUGAAGCUGCCAAGCCAGCUCUAGAAGAAGCUGAAAAUGCUCUAAAUACCAUCAAACCAGCUCACAUAGCCACCGUGAGGAAAUUGGGACGUCCUCCACACUUGAUUAUGCGAAUUAUGGAUUGUGUAUUGAUUUUGUUCAAAAGGAAGUUACAUCCUUGUAUCGCUGAUGCCGGAACUCCCUGCCCCAAACCAUCUUGGCAGGAAUCAUUAAAGAUGAUGGCGAGUGCAACAUUUCUACUUCAAUUGCAAAACUACCCCAAGGACACAAUCAACGAUGAAAUGAUUGACUUGUUGCAACCCUAUUUCCGAAUGGAGGACUACAACAUGGACAUGGCACGACGAGUUUGUGGUGACGUUGCUGGUUUACUCUCUUGGACAAAAGCUAUGGGCUUCUUUCAUAGUGUUAACAAAGAAGUACUUCCGUUAAAGGCAAAUCUCACAAUGCAGGAAGCAAGAUUGAAGCUUGCCAUGGAUGACUUAGCCGGUGCUGAGGAACAAUUACGCGAACGUGAGGAUGCAUUGCAGCAGGUAAAAAAUCAGUAUGACAAAGCUGUGGGCGAAAAGCAACGUCUAACAGAUGCAGCUAAUGUUUGUUUGCGCAAAAUGACAGCUGCCACAGCACUCAUCAACGGUCUGACAGAUGAAAAACAUCGCUGGACAAAUCAAAGUAAGGAAUUUAAAAUUCAAUUAGGUAAACUUGUUGGCGAUGUUCUUUUGGCAACGGGUUUUUUGUCCUAUUGUGGUCCUUAUAAUCAGGAAUUCCGGACGAAUUUGAUCAAAACUUGGAUGACAAUUUUAAAACAACGUGUCAUUCCGUUUACUUUGAAUUUGAACAUAACGAGUAUGUUGGUUGAUUCGUCAACAGUUUCGGAGUGGACUUUGCAGGGUUUGCCAAAUGAUGAGUUGUCAGUUCAGAAUGCACUGAUUGCUACCAAGUCGAGUAGUUAUCCCUUGUUGGUGGAUCCACAAAGUCAGGGAAAGAUAUGGAUUAAGUGCAAGGAGGAUAAAAAUGAGUUGCAGAUUACGUCAUUGAAUCAUAAGUAUUUUAGGACUCAUUUGGAAGAUUCCUUGUCUUUGGGAAGACCUUUGUUGAUUGAGGAUGUGGGAACGGAGCUGGAUCCAGUGAUUGAUAAUGUUUUGGAGAAGAAUUUCAUCAAAUCGGGAAGUAUCGAGAAGGUUCUUGUUGGAGACAAGGAGUGUGAUGUUAUGCCGGGCUUUAUGCUCUACAUUACCACAAAGCUUCCCAAUCCAGCCUUCAGUCCCGAGAUGAGUGCAAAGACCUCGAUAAUCGAUUUCACUGUAACGAUGAGGGGUUUGGAAGAUCAACUUUUGGGAAGAGUGAUUUUAAUGGAGAAAUCUGAUCUUGAAGCUGAGCGAGUGGCUCUCUUUGAAACGGUGAUGCAGAAUCAGAGAAAUAUGAAAGAGCUCGAAGCAAACCUCUUAUAUCGUUUAAGCUCAUCUCAAGGCUCUUUAGUCGAUGAUGAAGCUUUGAUUGAAGUUCUUCGUGUGACCAAAUCGACAGCGGAAGAAGUCAAUCAAAAAUUGAAGAUAUCCGAAAUCACUGAAAAGAAGAUUAUGAAGGCUCGUGAAGAAUACCGAGCCGUUGCAGCUCGGGGAUCAAUUCUAUACUUCUUGAUCACUGAAAUGAGUAAUGUCAAUGUUAUGUAUCAGAAUUCGUUGAAACAAUUUUUGGUGAUCUUCAAUAAUUCCAUCACCAAGUCGACCAAAUCCAGUGUUACUGAAGAGAGGAUCAAUAUUAUUCUCAGGUAUUUGACCUACGAGGUUUGGGCCUUUACAAAUCGGAGUUUGUAUGAGAGGCAUAAGCAAUUGUUUACAUUGAUGUUGGCUAUCAAGAUUGAUUAUCACAAGGGGAAUAUUACUCAUGAGGAGUUUAUGGCUUUUAUAAAAGGUGGAGCUUCGUUAGAUUUGAAUGCUGUGGCACCAAAACCGUUUAGAUGGAUCUUGGACAUAACUUGGUUGAAUUUGGUGGAGAUUAGUAAACUGGAUACGUUUUUGAAUGUCUUACAAAUUAUUGAAUCGAGUGAGAAAGAAUGGCGGGUAUGGUACGAAGCUGAAAAGCCUGAAAUGGAAGAUAUCCCUUGUGGUUACCAGGCUUCAUUGGAUGGGUUUAGGAAGUUGCUGUUGGUGCGUUCAUGGAGCCCGGAUAGAACGAUUUCUCAAGCUAAGAAAUAUAUUGAAGAAUCCCUUGGUCCCGAAUACAGUGAAAUGCAAAUUCUCGACUUAGAAGCCACUUGGUUAGAAUCAGAACCACGUACACCGUUUGUUUGUCUGCUAUCAAUCGGCUCCGAUCCAACUACACAAAUAGGAAUCUUGGCCAAACAGAAAGGAAUCCCUCUAAAAUCGGUCUCAAUGGGCCAAGGCCAAGAGUUCCAUGCCCGCAAAAUGAUACUCGAAGCAAUGGCUACUGGUGGCUGGGUAUUGCUACAAAACGUUCAUCUUUCGUUGCCAUUUUGCACAGAAGUGAUUGACUUGCUGGUUGAAUCUGAACACAUCGAUGAUUCGUUCCGUAUGUGGGUAACUACAGAACCACAUUCGGAAUUUCCUAUUGGAUUAUUGCAAAUGGCUAUUAAAUUCACCAAUGAACCACCUCAAGGUAUUCGAGCAAGCAUGAAACGAAGCUAUCAGGCUUUUAGUCAAGAUUUUCUGGAUUACACAUCAGCCCCACAAUGGCCGCCACUAUUAUAUACUGUUGCUUUCCUGCAUACUGUUAUACAAGAACGUCGUAAAUUUGGUCCUCUUGGUUGGAAUGUACCGUACGAAUUCAAUCAGGCUGAUUUUGCCGCAAGCGUGCAAUUUAUUCAGAAUCACUUGGAUGAGAUGGAUCCGAAGAAGGGUGUAUCAUGGCAAACGGUUUGUUAUAUGCUUGGUGAGGUACAGUAUGGCGGCAGGGUUACAGAUGAUUUCGAUAAACGACUUUUGACUACUUUCACGGCCGUUUGGUUUUGUGAGAAUUUACUGACGUCGGCAUUUGAAUUUUACAAAGGUUAUCGGGUGCCAGUGACGAAGAGUUUGCAAGGAUUCAUUGACUAUAUAAAUAGUUUGCCAGCAAAUGAUACCCCAGAGGUGUUUGGAUUGCAUCCGAAUGCAGAUAUCACGUAUCAGAUAAAUACAGCUAAAGGCAUAUUGGAUACGAUCUUGAGUGUUCAACCAAAAGAAGGUGGCGGUGGUGGUGGUGAGACUAGAGAAUCAAUCGUCUAUCAAUUAGCCGAUGAUAUGCUAAGAAAACUUCCUCCUCAGUAUAAUGAGUUUGAGGUACGCGAGAAUCUUACCAGAAUGGGAGCACUACUCCCAAUGAAUAUAUUUUUAAGACAAGAAAUCGAUCGAAUGCAACGUGUCAUCAAAACAGUAUUCUCUUGCUUGCGCGAUUUAAAGUUAGCAAUUGAUGGUACAAUUGUUAUGAGUGCAGCCUUGAAGGAGUCUUUAGAUGCAAUGUACGACGCAAGGAUUCCCGAACGUUGGAUGAAGAUUUCGUGGGAAUCUACAACCCUUGGAUUUUGGUAUACCGAGCUUCUUGAGCGAAACGCCCAAUUUCGUACUUGGAUAUCAACAGAUAGACCAAAGGUCUUUUGGAUGACUGGAUUUUUUAAUCCUCAAGGGUUUUUGACUGCCAUGAGACAGGAGGUAACACGAGCACAUAAAGGAUGGGCUCUUGACUCGGUUGUAUUGCAAAAUCAAACAACUCGCUACAAUAAAGAAGACAUCACUGAAUAUCCUGCCGAAGGAGUUUACGUACACGGAUUGUUUCUUGAAGGUGCUUCGCUAGAUCGACGAAGCGGAAAACUAAUUGAAUCAAAACCAAAAGUCCUUUACGAACAAAUGCCAGUAAUAUACAUUUAUGCAAUCAAUACUACAGCAGGAAAGGAUCCAAAGCUAUACGAAUGCCCUAUUUACAGAAAACCACAACGAACCGAUGCAAAGUAUGUGGGUUCGAUUGAUUUCGAAACGGAUUUUAAUCCAAAACAUUGGACAUUGCGUGGUGUUGCAUUGCUUUGCGAUAUAAAGUAGAUUCAAGUAGUAAAAGAGUAUAGCGCGGCAAAAAGGAUUAUAAGGAUGAUGAUGACGAUGAUGAUGAGGAGGAGAAAAACAUACUCUUGGUGGUGGUGGUGGUGGCGGUCUUGGUUGAUGCAGCAGGAGACCUUUUUUCGUUGAAGGGUGUUUAUUGGCUUUUGUGGAGAAUGCUUUAUUGUGGUUUUAUAUACAAUUUGUAUUUGUAUUUAUAAUUUGGUUCGGUGCUCUGUUGACUGUGAUGAUGAUGAUUUUAGUUUUUUUUUUGUUUUUA